AUGUCUGGCAAGGCACUCCCCACCCACCUCCGAGCUCCUGCUACCGAUGCCUCUGCUGGCUUUGGCAAGCACCAUGGCAAGUCUCAGUCACACAUGGCAUUCGAGAAUGCCUCCACCAGUGUGGCCGCCUCCCAGAUGCGCAACGCCCUGAACGCUCUGUCUGACUCUGUCCCCGAGGGCAGUGAGAAGAAGCGCUUUGAGGCUGAGAUGGACAACUUCUUCGCUCUGUUCCGCCGCUUCUUGAACGAUAAGGCUAAGGGUAACGCCGUCAACUGGGACCGCAUUGCUCCUCCCCAGCCCUCCCAGGUUGUUGGCUAUGAGGAGCUUGGCGCCGAAGCUUCGGUUGAGUUCCUGAACAAGCUGGCUGUUGUCAAGCUUAACGGUGGUCUCGGUACCUCUAUGGGUUGUGUUGGUCCCAAGUCCGUCAUCGAGGUCCGUGAGGGCAUGUCCUUCCUGGAUCUGUCUGUGCGCCAGAUCGAGCACCUCAACCGUACCUUCAACGUCAACGUUCCCUUCGUCCUCAUGAACUCCUUCAACACCGACCAGGACACCCAGUCCAUCAUUAAGAAGUACGAGGGCCACAAUGUCGACAUCAUCACCUUCAACCAGUCCCGCUACCCCCGCAUCAUCAAGGACUCCCUUCUCCCCGCCCCCAAGAGCUUCGAUGCUCCCCUCCAGGACUGGUACCCUCCCGGUCACGGUGACGUCUUCGAGUCUCUGUACAACUCCGGCACUCUCGACAAGCUGAUUGAGCGUGGCAUUGAGUACAUCUUCCUGUCCAACGCUGACAACCUGGGUGCCGUGGUCGAUCUCCGUAUCCUGCAGCACAUGGUUGACUCCCAGGCUGAGUACAUCAUGGAGUUGACUGACAAGACCAAGGCCGAUGUUAAGGGUGGUACCAUCAUUGACAACGACGGCAAGGUCCGUCUGCUCGAGAUUGCCCAGGUCCCCAAGGAGCACGUCAACGAGUUCAAGUCCAUUAAGAAGUUCAAGUACUUCAACACCAACAACAUCUGGAUGAACGUCCGUGCUAUCAAGCGUGUUGUUGAGGAGAACGAGCUGGAGAUGGAGAUUAUCGCCAACGAGAAGUCCAUCCCUGCUGACAAGAAGGGUGAGGCCGACCAGGCUAUCUACCAGCUGGAGACCGCUGUUGGUGCCGCUAUCCGUCACUUCAAGAACGCCCACGGUGUCAACGUCCCCCGUCGUCGUUUCCUUCCCGUCAAGACCUGCUCUGAUCUCAUGGUUGUCAAGUCUGAUCUGUACCGCCUGGAGCACGGCCAGCUGGUCAUGGACCCCAACCGCUUCGGUGGUGUUCCCGUUAUCAAGCUCGGUUCCGACUUCAAGAAGGUCUCUGACUUCCAGAAGCGUAUUGGCAGCAUUCCCCGCAUUGUCGAGCUGGAUCACCUCACCAUCACUGGUGCUGUUAACCUGGGCCGCAACGUCACCCUCAAGGGUACUGUGAUCAUUGUUGCCACCGAGGGCAGCACCAUCGACAUUCCUCCCGGUUCUAUUCUGGAGAACUGUGUUGUCCAGGGAAGCUUGCGCAUCCUGGAGCACUAG